UGUGAAGUGGUAGUAGAUGUAGGCAUGCGUCAAAACUCAAAAUCCAUAUGCGCUUGUGUGUGCACUAAAAGGAGUGCUUAAUGUUCGACGUAACGUGUCAGUAUUCGCAAUUGCACUCUGAGAAGACUGUUUAAAAAUGUGAGUUUGUCAAAAGUCAAUCAAAAGGUCUGUUUUCCGAGAUGAAUCAAAUUUGGAGACACAAUGUCUACUCUAGUCUGCGAUAACAGAGAGCUGAGGAAUGAAAACAAAGAAGAAUGAUAAAAUAAGUCAAGUAUGAGCUGCUCCGUGGAACUACGCCAGCCAAGGCAGCAAGGGAUGGCGGAGGAUCCCCAUAAACUCGCUGCAAUGAUGAAUAAAUCUCAGAGGCUUGUUCUAGGAAUUUCUAUUCUGCUGCUAGUUGACAUAAUCUGGGUUUCUAGCAAUGAACUUACAAAAUACAUUUACCAGGAAGACACAUUUGAUAAGCCAUUUUUUAGCACUUAUAUCAAAACAUCAAUGUUCACAUUGUACUUACUGGGUUUGUGUUUCUGGCCACCAUGGCGAGACCAGUGCAACAAACCUGCGACUUAUAUGUUUAUAGAUCCAAAUAUAGAAGAUGAUCAUUUUUACUCGGAAGGCACUACGAGCUUAAGUGAUCCUACAUUUGUACCAAUCAAAACUCCAGAACAAUGUGAUCGAUCGUCUGGUACUGAGAGUGAUGAUUCGUCAGUUAGAUCAGUACGCUUUAGCAAAUUAGCAGAAGUUCGCCACAUGUCAGAAAAUGACGCAACUGAAGCUCUUAUAGCCAGAUUAAGUUAUCAAGCAAGUGUUAGGGCAGGUGAACACGCCAGACGACAAGCUAAUAAAUUUUCUGUUCAAAAAGUUGCUAAGAUAGCUCUUAUGUUCUGUUUCCUUUGGUUCAUUGCAAAUUAUACUCAUCAGAUGUCUUUGGCUGUAACAGAAGCAAGAAUUGUGACUGUCCUGUCAUCUACUUCAUGUUUAUUUACUCUUUUUCUUGCUGCAGUUUACCCUAGCAACAAUGGAGAUAAAUUUACACUAUCUAAAUUAGUUGCUAUAACAAUAAGUAUUUUUGGUCUUGUGCUAGUUGGACUUUCAGAUUUGUCUAUAGAGGCUAGUCGACUACCUACUGGUAUAAUAUUAGCUCUAGUCAGCGCAUUUUUUUAUGCUACUUACAUUGUAUUCUUAAAAAAGAAAGUCGAUCACGAAGAUAAAAUGGACAUACCCAUGUUCUUUGGCUUUGUCGGACUCUUUAACUUGACGCUUUUGUGGCCUUUAUUUUUUAUACUUCAUUAUGGCCAAUGGGAAGAAUUCGAAUGGCCCAAUCCUCAUCAGUGGACGUUUUUAAUAAUAAAUGGACUUAUUGGAACCGUUUUAAGUGAAGUCCUCUGGCUAUGGGGUUGCUUUUUAACUUCGUCUCUCAUAGCAACAUUGGCAAUUAGUUUAACAAUGCCCAUAUCUAUGAUAGUUGAUGUAUUACUGAAGAAAGUUGAAUACCCGUGUAUUUUCUAUCUAGGAACCAUUCCAAUGAUUUUGGCAUUUUUUACAGUAUCUCUUCUUUCACAUUUUGAUAACUGGGAUCCUGUACUAGAUUUGGUGAAAAAGCUAUAUAAGUGGAUUUGCCGCAGAAGCAGAUCCAUCAGGAUACCUGACUUAGAAGUAGAACAAACUGAGUCCCUUAUUGGUAUAAACAGUGGAGAACAUGAAGCGUAACUUGACAAUAAAUGCGGAGUUACGUGAUACUUGAGUUUUUGAUAUGUCAACAAAAGUUAUAUUCUACAAAUGCUGAAUUGUAAAAAGUAAGCACUAAAACACGCUUUGUUCUAUAUAAUGCUAAAUAAUGCAAGCAAAAUAAGUGCCAUAUAAAUCAUUUUUAUUUUAAAAUAGGUAAUUGAAUUAUUCGAAAAAGUAUUAAAUUUUAAAUGAGUCAAAAAUUUAUAGUAGUUGAACAAAUUAUAUCGGAAUCUUCUCAAAGUAAAUCUUACAGUCUGUAAGAAGAUCUAUAUGACAAAUUUUUUUCAAAACAGUGUGAACGUCAUUUCUUGAUUGAAGAAAAUGCAAAAUAAUAUUCAAACAGAUUAACAAAUUAAUGAUUAGAAAAUAGCUUUUAGGUAAAAGUUCAUAAAUGAUAUAAUCCUAUUAUAUCGUUAUAUUGUACAAAUAUAGUAAUAUGUUAAUUUUUUAAACAAAAUGUUUUUUAAAAAUAAAGGUAAACAAUUAUCAUUAAACAAAUUCAUUAAAUAAAAAUUAUAUAUCAAUUAAGAAAUGACUUACAUCACUUGUUCAAGUAUCGUGUACGAAAUUGAUAUGAAAUCAUGUGAUAAUAUAUCGACUGUACAGGCUGUUGAAUUUCCAAUUCCGUUUUACUAGUUUUCUUUUAUUAUACACUUCUAUUUAUUGUUAUCGAUUUAAUAUUCUGAUUCAUACAAAUAACGUUGACAGUAAGAACUUGAAAAAAAUUAAUAAAUAAGUAAGCAGGAAACUUUAAAGAGCUCUGUGAUUUUGAGAAGCGCAGAACAAAGAUCUGUAAGUGUAACGUUUUGUAUUAUCAUUAUUAAACUUCACGAGUAUAAAGUCUAAAAAUCUAUGCAGACACAUUUUUAUAUUAAUAAGAUGUAUUUUAUGCUUUUAUACAAAUACUGUUUUUUGCGUGAACGUAUGAAGAAAUAUUUAGUUAUAUAUAUGCUAUAUUCAGAAUUAUAGUAUGUCAUGUAUGAACUUGUUAUUUUUAUUGUAAAAGUCGAUUCUAGUGCAUUUAAAAUUUUUACUUUGUACAUUAUAGCGAAUAACGACGACAUUGGUUAAGUCAAUGAAAUUAUUGGAAACUUUUUCCACUCCGUUUUCUAUGUUAAGUUUUUAACUAUUAAUAUAGCUGUUUGAUAAUUAAUUCGAGGAUGAUAUAGAUACUUUUAUUAAAACGAGACAUCAUCAGUGAGAUACUUACUAAGAAUUAUAAGCUUUAUAUUUUAAAUAGUUGCAAUAUUUAUGGCACACUGGACCAACUAAAUUUUAUAUGUUUGAACAUGCAAAAUGAAUGAGAAGUAACAGUAGAAAAGGUAUUUUGUUUUUAUUAAACUAGCGUUUUACUAGUCUAGUCAGGAAAAAAUGCUUUGUAUUCAAACAGUUUACAACAUUGGUCUAUCAAAAAAAAAAAAAAAUGCCAGUAGAAUCGAAAGCACAACUAAUUUAUCAUAUGAUCGAGACUAAUGAAUCACUGUGAAGAACAAAUUUUGUAUCGCUGUCUCAAUAAUCAAAUUAAUUGAUAGAACGCACAUCAGUAUGGAGAUUUAAAUCGCAGUUCGAAAAUUUGAUUAUGAUACUUUCUUUUAACUAGAAUGAUACUGAAUGUGCGAAAGGUUUUAUAAUUCCAAAAGUUAGCUUGACAAUGUGAUAAAAAACGUCUGGUGUAUGACAAAUUGUUACAAUUACUCUAGGUGAUGAGCGACUUUGUCAUAAACCCUAGCUAACUGUUCCUAUGUGUAUUAACUACUAUGCAUUGUAUAUUUGAAGUGUAAAUAUUGAAUAUACUGUAAAACUAUUAUAGAAAUUGCAUACCUACUGUAAGAAACAUUGGAAAUAUUAUUAAAAUAAUUAAUGAAAGAACA